CACAGGCCUUCGCCAUGAAGGGUUUCACAGCCGUCCUCCUCAUCUGGACUCUGAUUUCUCCCAGCAGCAGUGGUGGAGGCAGCGGGGAAGCCUGGCCCACACACCUGGCCUGCAGGAGUGGGGGCCUGGAAGUGCUCUACCAGAGUUGUGAUCCAUUACAGGAUUUUGGCUUUUCUGUGGACCAGUGUUCCAAACAAUUAAAAUCAAAUCUCAACAUUAGAUUUGGAAUUAUUCUGAGACACGAUAUCAAAGAGCUGUUUCUUGACAUAGCUCUCAUCUCUAAAGGAUCAUCUAUUUUGAAUUUCUCCUAUCCCAUCUGUGAGGAGGACCAGCCCAAGUUUUCUUUCUGCGGAAGAAGGAAAGGAGAAGAGAUAUUUUUGGGGUUCCCCUUCAAGGACUUGGGGGUAAAUAUCCCAAGGGGAGAAUACCAGGUUUUGCUGGAGGUAUACACUGAAAAUCGUUCCAUCGUGGCCUGUGCCAACGCUACCAUCAUUAGCUCCUGACGGUGGCCUGUAGCAAAAAUCACAGCAAGCUCCAUCUCAGGAGAACUCCUGGCUCCUCCGGCUGAACCAACCAUGUAAGAAGAACCAGCCCAGGAUGGGGAGAGCCCUUACAAAGGACUGCAGCUGCUAAUUUUAGCCCCAGGACCAGAUGGCUCCAGACUCUACAGAUGUAAUGAAGCCCCCCCACAAAUUAUCUGCUUCUAAAGAGCCCUUUGGUAGUCACUAAGCCGUCUCGAGGGUCAAUCCUUCUUCUCUAAUUAGUCCCCUCACACCAGACUCACCUACUUAUCAACUCCUUAGAGCACCUGCCCACAGUUAUUGAGAAUAAAAGGAGC